GGCGCGCAAGCGCAAGUUCGCGGUCGAGACUCGCGAGUUUAUAAAAAUAUUAGACAAAUAGUUUUAUAUUUAUAGUGUUACAUUAAUGUAUGUUUUAGGUGAAUAUAUUUAUUUGUUGCAUUAAAGGCUUAAGUGAUUUAAGUCGUGUUUGUUCUCGUGUUUCAAGUUCAAGUGUCAUGUUAGUUUCUUAGAAGCGGCGUCCAUCACGUGACAAAAUGACGAUCGACAAGCAAGUGGUGUGGGUGCGCGAUGGGAGCGAGGGCUUCGUGCUGGCUCGGCUGCAGGAGCUGAUGGGUGAGGAGGCUGACGUCAUACCGUUGGACAACCGACACCCGCGCCGCGUCGCCAGCUUCGAGGAUAUCUUCCCCGCCGGCGACCCCACCAAGGACGUCGAUGAUAAUUGCGAACUUAUGUUCCUAAACGAAGCCACACUCCUCAAUAAUAUCCUCAUGCGGUACAAAAAGAACAAGAUUUACACAUAUGUAGCAAACAUCCUAUUGGCCGUAAAUCCGUACGAAGACAUCAAGGACAUGUACUCGUCACCCACCAUCAAGAAGUACCAGGGAAAGUCGCUCGGAGACCUGCCGCCACAUGUGUUCGCUAUUGCGGACAAAGCGUUCCGUGACAUGAAGUCGUUGAAGCAGUCACAAUCAAUCAUCGUGUCUGGCGAGUCCGGAGCAGGCAAGACAGAGUCCACCAAGUACAUCCUCAAGUAUCUCUGCGACUUGUGGGCGAAGGGCGCGGGGCCUGUGGAACAAAAAAUCCUUGACGCAAACCCAAUCCUAGAAGCGUUCGGCAACGCUAAAACAACGCGCAACAACAACAGUUCACGUUUCGGCAAAUUCAUGGAGGUUCACUUCAGCAACAAGUACCAAGUAGUCGGAGGUUACAUCUCGCACUACUUGUUGGAGAAGUCGCGGAUCUGCACGCAGAGCGCCGAGGAGAGGAACUACCACGUGUUCUACCUGUUGUGUGCGGGCGCGCCGCCCGAGCUCAGAACUGCCUUAAAGAUCACUAAACCGGACGACUACCAGUACCUCAAGAACGGGUGCACGCAGUACUUCACGACGGCAGCGUCAGAGAAGAAGAUCAGCGCGAGUCAGAAGAGCAAGCAGCAGCAAGCCAAGGGAGGCUUGAGGGACCCCAUACUAGACGAUGUCGAGGACUUCCAACGACUCAACCAGGCUUUAACUCGCGUCGGUCUGACGGAAGACGAGAAGAAAUCCGUGUACUCGGUGGUAGCAGCCGUGCUACACCUCGGGAACGUGCAGUUCGAAGACGAUGGUGGCGCUAAGGGCGGGUGCCGGGUGAGUCCAGACAGCGAGCCGACCCUGGCCACCGCUGCUGGUCUACUAGGCGUGGACUGCGGAGAACUACGCAUGUCGUUGGUAUCGCGACUCAUGCAGAGCUCGCGCGGCGGCAUCAAGGGCACUGCUAUCAUGGUGCCUCUAAAGACGUACGAGGCGAAUAACGCGCGCGACGCCCUCGCCAAAGCGGUGUACAGCCGGCUUUUCGACUACAUCGUGCAUCGCAUAAACACAAGCAUCCCCUUCCAGGCGUCCGCCUACUACAUCGGCGUCCUUGACAUCGCUGGCUUUGAGUACUUCCAAAUGAACAGUUUCGAGCAGUUCUGCAUCAACUACUGCAACGAGAAGCUGCAGCAGUUCUUCAACGAGCGUAUCCUCAAGCACGAGCAGGAGCUCUACCGCCGCGAGGGGCUGCGCGUGCCCGAGAUCAGAUUCGUUGACAACCAGGACUGCAUCGAUCUGAUUGAGAGCAAGAACCACGGCAUCUUCCACUUCCUGGACGAGGAGUCGAAGCUGCCCAAGCCGGACGUGGCGCACUUCACGCACGCCGUACACAAACACUUCGCCGGCAACCAGAGAUUGCAAGUACCCCGCACUUCGCGGCUGAAGGCUCAUCGCACACUGAGGGACGACGAAGGCUUCCUACUGCGACACUUCGCCGGCGCUGUGUGUUACAACACUGGUCAGUUCAUAGAGAAGAACAACGACGCGCUGCACGCCUCCUUAGAGUUCCUCGUGCAGGAGUCCAGCAGCAGCCUAGUGCAGCAGCUGUUCCGCAGCUCCGACAACAACACCGCCAAGGGCAAGCUCAACUUCAUCUCAGUGGGCGCCAAGUUCCAGGCGCAGCUCAGCCAACUCAUGGACAAGCUUAAGGAAAACGGCACGAACUUCGUCCGCUGCAUCAAGCCGAACUCGCGCAUGGUGGGGAAGGAGGUGGAGGGCGGGCUGGUGCUGGGCCAGCUGGAGUGCAGCGGCACCAUCUCGGUGCUGGAACUGAUGGAGCACGGGUACCCGUGCCGCGCGCCCUUCGCCGACCUGCACCUCAUGUACGCGCAGUACCUGCCGCCCAAGCUGCAGGCGCUCACGCCCAAGGUCUUCUGUGAGGCAAUGGUGCACAGUUUCGGUCUGUCGGACAAGGACUACGCGUUCGGCGUGACGCGCGUGUUCUUCCGGCCUGGCAAGUACUCGGAGUUCGACGCUAUCAUGAAGUCCGACCCCGAGAACCUCAAGGCGAUAGUGGAUGCGGUGCUCGCCUGGCUCGUCAAGUCGCGCUGGAGACGCUCCAUAUUCGCCGUGCUCUCUAUUAUCAAACUAAAGAACAAGAUAGUCUACCGCCGCAAAUGCUUGAUCACCAUCCAGAAGUCUAUACGUGGCUACUUGGUGCGCCGGCGCCACCAACCGCGAUACAAGGGAGUGAUCAAGAUCCGAGCCUUGUUGAACAACCUCGCGGCCUUGGAGACGACGGCGGCACAACUCAAGCAGAGCAAGGACGCCAUGAUCAAAAAUAUAGAUAAUUUGAAGAACAGCAUCAAACACGCUUGCGGUACUAUCAAGAGCAACGAGAAGAUCUCCCGCGAUGAAAUCGACAAAAUGUACACGAAACUGACUAAAGACAUCGAAACACAAAUGUCUGCGCUACAAAAAGCCAUGGUGGAUCAGAAAAAUAGGGAAGAACAAGAAAGAAUGGCAAAGAUCGAAGCGGAACUGCGCGCGGCUGAGGAGGCGAAACGAUUGGAACAGGAGAGAUUACGUCAGGAAGAAGAGAACCGACGCCUGAAAGCGGAGAUGGAGUCCCGGCGCAAGGCCGAGGAAGCGGAGCGGCGGAGACUGGAGGAGGCGGACAGGCGCGCCGCGCUGCUGCUGCAGCAGGAGCUGGAGCUGGCCAACAAGAAGGACCAAGAGGACCGGGACAGGUUAGAGCAAGAACGAAGAGACCACGAGAUGGCGGUACGGCUGGCGAAGGAAACUAACGGCCACGUGGAGGGAUCGCCGCCACAACUGCGCAGUUUCCCCACAAUGGACUCAAUGAAUGGCGAGAAUAAGUUGAACAGAUCGGAACGCGUGAGGAUGCAACAAGCGAUGCAGGGUAAAGGGAAGUACGAUCUUUCCAAAUGGAAGUAUUCAGAACUACGGGACACUAUCAACACUUCCUGUGAUAUUGAACUGUUGGAGGCGUGUCGUCACGAGUUCCACCGCCGACUGAAGGUAUACCACGCGUGGAAGGCAAAGAACGCGCGUAAGACCACCAUGGCUGACCAGGAACGCGCGCCGCAGUCCAUCAUGGAUGCCGCAAAGACCCCGCGUCUGCCCCAGAAGGGCGAGAUCUUGGGCGCGCGGCACCGCUACUUCCGCAUCCCGUUCGUGCGGCCGGCGGCCGGCGCCGACGCGGCCGACCGCCGCGGCUGGUGGUACGCGCACUUCGACGGACAGUACGUCGCCCGCCAGAUGGAGCUGCACCCCGACAAGACGCCCGUGCUGCUGCAGGCUGGUGUGGACGACAUGCAGAUGUGCGAGUUGAGCCUCGAGGAGACGGGGCUGACGCGCAAGCGCGGCGCCGAGAUCCUGGAGCACGAGUUCGAGCGCGAGUGGGCGCGCAACGGGGGCGCGCCCUACACGCCGCCCGACCUGCGCAAGCGCUAGGUAACAGUAUUCGUAACAAGAAGCUAGACUCCGACGUCUUACUGAUCGAAAGGAACUCAGUGCUAGAUGUGCCUUCGGAGGUCCUGCGAGUAUUUAGUGCAAUAUAAAGUAAUUCCAAGUUACAUACACAAUUAACAAAAUAUUAUAAUAAAGCUCUUUCAGUUCGUCUUGGAUGUGGCAGUUUAUUCUUAUAUAGUUUAAAGUGCACUAUCGAGGAAUUAAAUCUAUAAAUCUUAUAUCUAUCUGUUAUAAAACAUAUAUAAUUGUCCGUAUUAACCCUCGUUUGCCGAGCGAUAUGUGUCAAACAAGUGUCCUCACAGACUUUAGCCCAGUUCGACGUCGACAGACCUCGCCCGACUCCAACUAUAUGACAAUAGGGUAGUUUCCAACUAGUGAAAUCAGUUACUUUUUAAACGUCAAAACACGAAAUUACUACGGAAUUAAUAAGAAAAAGCAACCCGGGACAUCAUAGAAAAACGUAAUCAAAUGUCGCACUUAUAAAAACAAUCAUAAAAAGUUAAAUAGAAAAAAAACCAGCACCAAGUCACUUUCAGAUCUGUCAUUAUUUAGUAAUUAGAAUUUCAUAAUUUAUCUUUGACCUAGGAAACUACCCAAUUAAAGUUAUAGCCCAGUUACACGAGUAAUAAAAUAUCAUUCAAAUGUGGGCUUUAAGCCUUGCGAUAUAGUUUAUAUUGACAAGCAAGCUUCCCACCAUCAGACUGCUCGGUAAUUGACGCCAGCAGUCGUGUUGGUAUAAAGCGUUAAAGCAAAGGCGCGUAAGUGGGCUACGACCUUUAGAUUUCGAGAGGAGUCUACCGACGUCGUCCAUUACCGGACACAAGUCGCCCGACAAAUGUCGCCUAGAGACUAAGCUGUAGAAAGCACUUAUGCUGGUUGCAAACAAGAGCUAAACUAAAUUUGUUUCCAUAGUUGUGUCAUAGAAUAAAAAUUACUACGAAUAGAACGGACACGUUUACCUCAGCCUCACUUUAGUCUAAAAGCCCGUAAGUAAGGAAUACGGGACCACACUGUCUGUCUCCCUCUCUCUUUUACGUUACGUCUAACAAGCUAAAUACGACAUUUUUGUAUGGAGUCUCUGAACUGUGGUAGUGUGCAGACCGCAAACAUAAAAACAGCGUCAACUAUGCGAGCUAAGGCAACCUACCUUUUCUUAGAUCUUGGUGUGCAACCGGCAUAAUGGGCGAUUUAGCUAAGCACUAUGAUUUGUAAUCCAUUUUAGCAUAGUAUCUCGACAAACACGCAUAGCUGCAUGAGUGUUAUUUUUUAUACGGACGCAUUAUUUUCUUUCUUCAUAAUUUUAACUAUUUUAACACACUAAACCAUAACCUUUUCUAUCAACUUAGCAAUAUCGUUCAACUUUUUUCAUGAUUCCAAGAUGGCGGUAGUAAAUGCAACUUUAGUUCACUUUAUUAUUAUUAAAUAGGUGGAGAAUUGUUUUUCUCAUCUUGUAAUUAUUUAGGGAAAAAUAUUUUCUACAUUUCCAUUUUAUUUAUGAAAAAUACUUUUUGGUAGUUUGAACUGUGAUUAUUUUAAGUGCAUAAUGAAAUGUUUAUUUUUGGCGCGUUUACCGUAAGUACUAAAUUAUAUUACUCAACAUUAGUAGUAUUUCUGGUGUAUUUUACGGGAUAGAAACUGAAUGCUUUUUGUCACAUUAUGUAUUUUCAUGCCAUUAUUUUAGUGUUUUUUAUGUGAUAUGAUUUCCAGUUAAAACUUUGUUUUUAACGAAGAGUAUUUAUCAAUAACAUUCCUAUUUAUUAAUUAAUGGUAUUUUCGAUGACAGCUAUGUAUUAUAGUAACGUUGUCAGUAUUUUACUACUGAUGUAUUUUAUUAUCAGUAUUUAAGAACAUUCCUAAGUAUUUUGUUAAAGCAUCUUAGUAUUUGUGAAGCCUUGAAUAUAGCGUCCGAUGUCUUUCAUGAAGUACAACGUAGAGAAUGAAAUAAAGUGCCUUAUUGUUCCGAUGCCGCUAGUAGAUACACGAUCACUAUUUUAUAUGAUAUUCGUGCUUUACCAAAUAAAAUGUACUAUAGAAACA